GUACAUCAAUUUCAAUUCUUUUCUAGCAAAAAAAAAAAAUAGUGAGUGUAUUGUGUUUUUUGGGGAAAAAAAAAGAAAAUUUAUUAUUUUUUUUUAUUUUAUUAUUAAAUUAAAUAUUUUUUUAGCUUUUAAAAAAAUGGGUAAAUCGCGAACACAUGUGAUUUUAAUUUCACUAUUUUACAUUCUUGAGCCAUUGAAUAUUUUCAAAUGUGGAAAUUUGAUAAAUUCAGUUUCUGGAUUUGGUCAAAAAUUUUCACCUGGACGUUUCAUUUCAUUUGAUUCAAACGACGGUAAAAUUGACAUUGAAUUAGAUUUGUCAGUUCCAUUCAUAACUCUUCCACUAAAUAAUAAAGACGGUAAAAGUGGAUUGCCAACACCAUUGUUGUCAGUUAACACACAGGGAAUUGUUGUGAUGGGAAUUUUAUUAGCCACGAGUGCCUUUAUUGUGCCACUAUUUUUUAAACCAAUGACAGUACCACCUAAAACACCAGGACAACGAUUUCGAAUGGAUGAAGAUCUCCAGUUGUGGAAUUUGGGUAAUACGGUUAAUGAAGCAUUGUCUAAUAACAAACUCGUUACACCUUGCGUUCAACGAAUAUUAUGCUCAAUGGUAACGACAAUUAAACACACGGACAAUCCAACGAGUACAGACAAAAUUAUCGACGGUGUCGUCAGUCACAGUUGGUUUGAACAAUUCGUUAAUGGAAGUGUUCUUAUGGAUGCAAUUACAACGGGUCAGGGAUCACAAAAAGAUUGUGAUGCCACAUAUAAAUCGUGUCCUGUCUCGCAACAAAUAAUUGCCAAUUCAUUAAGACUGUUAAGUUUUCUUUAGUUGUUAAUUAGAACAUUUUAUUUUUGUACAACCUUCGCAUUUGUUUCAUAUAUAUACAUAUAUAGUCAAUAAUAAUAAAUAAGAAUAAUAUUUUUCUACUUUAUACAUAAAUGUUUUGUUAUUACAAGUUUUUUUUUUAAAGUUUUAACAAAAUUUUAAUGUAAUCAUUAUUUAUCACCUUGUUUUUUCUUUGCAACAAUUUUUUAUAUACUUUUCAAUAUAUAUAUAUUUUUUAUUUGGUAACUUUAAACUUUUGGUUAUUGUUAAUUAUAAAAUAGAAAAUUUAACUAAUAAUAUUAUUUUCUGUAAAUUUUUUCUAAAAAGAUGGUUAGUUAUUUUCAAAAAUUAUUUUUAUGUACAUUUUUUUUUCGGGAAAAAUUAUUUCUUUUGGUAAGUUUAGAAGAAAAGAAUUAUGAGAAGAAAUUAACAGUUUUUCUGUGUGAAAAAUGGAAAAUAUUAAUGAAGAUACAGAAAUCUUCGAAUUAUAUAACAAAAUAAAUAUAUAUGAGAUUUCAAUU